CCGGCUGGAGCUUGCCUGGGGCUGCGAACCCUCAUGCAGCAUCCGAGCCCGCCGCUCAGAUCGAGUGGUAGACAGCAGGGACCUCUGCCUUGGCUGCAGCCCAUUCUUGUCUGAGACCUCUGCCUUGCACCUACCGCGGGCUUGUGACACACGGGAAGGCCAGCCGUGCUUGUGGAAAUCCAGUCAAGCGGUCCAAGAGCGGAAUGCGCCCAGCUGUUUUGUGUGUAAGGAAAGCGUAGCAUAAGAGAGACCUCGAAUCUUGCGUGUCUGUAGCUGUGCAUCCAACCAUCGCUGCGAGGCCUUGCGAGAGGACUCAGCAUCCAGGGCUGUCUGCCAGGCCCCGGGGUUGUACUUUCAGCGCCAGCCACCACCCUAUCCAGCUCAUGCAAGUGGGUUUUAGAUGCCGGAAACUUCAACAACUUCUGGGUGGUUCUGAAGAUUAAAGAGGUUCGAGGUUGCUAUGUUAAUACUGCUUAUCUUGGGAAUCUUACUUCAUGACAUUCCACUGAGUGGCCAAGAUGAGGCUUAUCCCGAGGCCGACCCCAUGCCAGGAGAGCCCCUGUAUGACUACGCCAGCAUCCGCCUGCCAGAGGAACACAUUCCCUUCUUUUUGCACAACAACAGGCAUGUUGCCACCAUCUGCAAGAAGGACUCACAUUGCCCAUACAAGAAACACUUGGAAAAUUUACAGUACUGCUGGGGUUAUGAGAAGUCUUGCAAACCAGAGUUCAGGUUUGGUUACCCUUUCUGCAGCUAUGUGGACAUGGGAUGGACAGACACCAUGGAGUCAGCUGAAGACAUUUUCUGGAAACAGGCAGACUUCGGGUACGCCAGGGAGCGACUGGAGGAGAUGCAUGUGCUCUGUCAGCCAGAGAAGAUGAGUGACUCAAGUCUGGUAUGUUCCCGUUAUCUUCAGUAUUGCAGAGCAACCCAUCUCUACCUUGACUUAAGAAACAUCAAGAGAAAUCACGACAGAUUUAAGGAAGAUUUUUUCCAGAGUGGUGAAAUCGGAGGAUACUGUAAACUUGAUACUCAUAUGUUGAUGUCUGAAGGCCAACGCAAAAGCCCCCUGCAAUCUUGGUUUGCUGAGCUACAAAGCUAUACUCAGCUCAACUUCAGACCUAUAGAAGAUGCUAAAUGUGACAUUGUGAUUGAAAAACCAACAUAUUUCAUGAAAUUAGAUGCAGGUGUUAACAUGUAUCACCACUUCUGUGACUUUAUCAACCUUUAUAUCACCCAGCAUGUUAAUAACUCAUUCAGCACAGAUGUGCACAUCGUGAUGUGGGACACUAGUUCUUAUGGAUAUGGUGACCUGUUCUCUGACACUUGGAAAGCAUUUACUGACUAUGAUGUUAUACACUUGAAAACUUACGAUUCCAAAAGGGUAUGUUUUAAAGAAGCUAUCUUUUCAUUACUGCCCCGCAUGAGGUACGGGCUGUUCUACAACACUCCUCUGAUUUCUGGCUGUCAAAAUACUGGAUUGUUCAGGGCUUUCUCCCAGCAUGUGCUGCACAGACUAAACAUCACACAGGCAGGACCUAAGGUAGAUGGAAAAAUUCGAGUCACCAUUCUUGCCCGGAGUACAGAAUACCGGAAAAUUCUAAACCAAAAUGAGCUGGUGAAUGCACUGAAAACAGUAUCUACAUUUGAAGUCCAGAUUGUUGAUUACAAGUAUAAAGAACUUGGGUUUUUAGAUCAACUCAGGAUAACACACAAUACGGACAUAUUUAUUGGAAUGCAUGGAGCUGGUCUUACCCAUUUACUUUUCCUUCCAGAUUGGGCUGUGGUCUUUGAACUAUACAACUGUGAAGAUGAGCACUGUUACUUAGACUUGGCCAGGCUGAGAGGCAUUCACUAUAUCACUUGGCGAAAGCAGAGCAAAGUCUUUCCUCAAGACAAGGGCCACCACCCGACGCUGGGGGAGCAUCCGAAGUUCACCAACUACUCUUUUGAUGUGGAAGAAUUCAUGGCUCUCGUCCUUGAGGCUGCAGCUCGUGUCCUGCAGCACCCAAAGUGGCCAUUUAGGAAGCAGCGUGAUGAGCUCUAACCGUGUUAAGUCUGUUUGCAGGAAAAAAACUUUGAAACUCUACACCCACACUCCACCUACUUCUUGGCUUCAAAUGACCUUUUCUACACCAACAGAUACCUUCAGGAUAUUUUGUAUUAUAUUGUCUUUAUAUGUUUUGUAUGAUUGUUGUAUCAUUGCUGUUUAUCAAUGGCCGUAAUGUUUUUGCACUGAAAAAUUUAGUUUUUAUAGUUAAAAUUGGGCAGAGGCUCCCUAGUAUAAUUGAACUUUCUUCUUGGGAAUACCAAAGUUUUCAAUUUUUUCAGCUUUAGAAUUUUUAAAUGAUUUUGUAAAAUAUCAUGUGAUUGUAAUUCCAAACUCCAGAGGGUUCCAACUUGUUUACAUUAUAUUUGGGUAAAUCCAGAACUUCUCCUUUAUUUGCCAUAAUCUGUUCCUAACACUGAUUGUUGGGGGAAAGAAAAUGUGCACAAUACCCCCCCCCCCACACACAUAUGAACACCUACACAGUGUGCUUCUCAGUACCAAGUUACAAGACCACGUUAUAGAUCAGUUGUAGUCAGCACAGGUUAUGCACAUGCUGCUGUAUUAUAUUCAUGUAUUUCAUAUUCAAAUCAUGUUUUCCAAAAAAUAGAUCAACUACAUGUGAUACAAACCAAUGGGAACAUUCUACAGUAAUCUGCUGAGUAUUUUGUCGUUACUUUCCGCUGACUUCUUUGUAACUGUGGAGAGUGUUGUGUUGAAUUUAUGUGAAACAGUGGCUUCCUUCAUGAAAGUAUCUGUGACUGCACAUGGUAUGUGUACAUCUACCUCUAUUAGCGUGGAAGUACCCUAGUCUUUGAUUGUACAAAUUUCAAAGUAGCCACAUGAAGAGAAUUUUUCCCUAUAAAAAAUUUAGGACUAUAAAAAUGUAGACAUAGAAGCUAUCCAGUCCAAAAGCUGUAAGAAAGUGCCAUUGUUUAAAAAGAAUAUCUCAAUUAUAGUCCCGCUUUUUGAGUAGGAUGCAUUUUAGAAAUUAGAAAUCAUGGAUUAUACUGCCUAUUGUGAAGUUUACAUUUUAAAAAUACUUGAGUCACCUAAUUUAGUGACCAAUUCUAUUUUUUAAAGUGGUAGUCGGCAAAGUAUAGCAAAACUAAAGAAUUUUUAAUUUUACAGUUGUAAAAAUAGUAUACAAUAGAGAAAUGUCUUGCAAAACAAAAUAUAUCUGGAUCUUUGCUGAUUUUUGCUUUAAAGAAUUAUGUGUAGAUUUCUAGAGUUUAAUAUUUAUUAAAAUAUCUGAAAGGAGAAAAAAAUAUCUGAAAGGAAAAUAGUGAAUCACUCUAGGAAAAGCUUUGAUUUGGAUCUUAGAACUGAAUAAAAAGAUUAUCAUAUUAUGAAUUUUUAAAUGAUGGGUAUUGCUACUGUUCUUGGUGCAGAAUACUAAGUAACUACUGGGAAAUAUUUCACUUUAAAGGAAUUGUAAAGGCCAUGUUGUACUUUGAGUCAGUGGGGGCAUAAACAUCUGAAAAAUUUGUGUAGAAAAGUUUUAUGUGUCUUCUUACCUCAUUUUAAGAAGCACAUAGAAAUGUGAUUCUGUAGACUGGAGGACUCAGAAAUUGAGAACGGUUUCAUAAUAAAACUAUAUUUGACUAGUUUGCAUUUAAAGAGGAUACAUUUUAUGUAAACAAAAUAUAUUUGACACAUUAUGCAAUUUACUUUCAUUGCACACUCUUUGGUAGGGGCGAAAGAAGGUCCUCAAACUGUUACAACAUUUAAAAUGUAAACACUGUUCUUUUAUUAAGCCUUGAAAGGGGAUGCAUUUCAUCAUUUGUACACUUCAUAUAUGGCUUUGGAAUAAAUCAUUUUAUAUUUCAUUUAAAUAGCUGAAUCAUUUUCAGCAUUUUCUGUGCCUAACUAUUGUAGACUGUGUUGCUUUCCCCUUGCCCGAUCUGGUAGGCAGUAGACUAUAAAAAUUAAGUAGCUGAUUGAUGAAGAAUUCAGUUAAAUAAAAAAAUGCACAUUUACUUUUCAA